ACGGCGCUGCCCGGUGCCCGGUGUGCCCGCAGCCCCGUGUGCCCGGGGGCGGUGGUGCCCGCAGCCCCGUGUGCCCGCAGCCCGGCGGUGCCCGGAGCCCGGCGGUGCUGCAGCCCCGUGUGCCCGCAGCCCGGCGUGCCCAGGCAGCGGGAGCCGGGGGCGGGACAGGGGCCCGGGGCAGCGGGGCGGCCCCUCGUGCGCCGCGGGGUCCCUGGAUGUCCCGGGGCGCUGGGGAGGGCCGGGCCGGGGGUUCUGUGGGAACUCGUGGUUCUCUUCUGCGGAGCUGCUCUGCCUGAGCCUCUCGGCGGUGACGGCGCUCGGAGCCCCUGAUGUGUUUCUGCCUCUGCACUCAGCAGGUGUCGCUCCUUUAUUUGAAGUCUGCCAGUAGAUGGGUCACUUCUGUAUCAAACCUCGCUUGUUUGAUUCACGGCUGCGCUUCCCCUGUCUGAUCUCUACAAAAACGUGUGACCCUCCAGCUCCGCUCUGCACGACAGCAUUCAUCUCUGAAGAGUGAGACCUCCUUGUGAAAAGUGCUUUUUCUGGAAGCAAUGUUCUAAGAAUGUCAUCAGGCAUCCAAAUAAAAACAAAGUCUGCAGCCCAGAAAAGCAAGACAUGUUCUCCAGAAUCACAGCCAAAGCCUAGUGCUAAGCUGAAUCCUAAAACUAUUGAUCCAGUACGUUUUCGUGCUUAUUCUCAACCAUCAUCUGCAUUUGCUGCUACAUAUGCUAGAGGUGGCAUUCCGUGCAGGUUAGUGCAUGGAUCAGUAAAACACAAACUUCAGUGGGAAUGCCCUCCUGAAACUCUUCCCUUUGAUCCUCUUCUUUUAACAUUGGCAGAGGGACUAAGAGAGACAAAACAUCCCUAUACUUUUGUUUCCAAGGAGGGUUUUAAAGAAUUACUUCUGGUAGAAGGUGCUGCUGAAAAAGCUAUUCCCUUGUUGCCUCGUCUAGUUCCAGUCUUAAAGGCUGCAUUGGCCCAUGCGGAUGAUGAAGUAUUUGGAAGAGGAUUGGAUGCUUUAGUGCAAUUGAGUGCUGUUGUUGGUCCAUCUCUUAAUGAUCAUCUUAAACUUCUACUCACAAAUCUUUUAAAGAGAUUAAUGGACAAGAAACAUAGAGAAGAAGUUACUGUUGCUUUACAAAAGUUGGAGCACUGUGGAGGAAAGGCAACUGUGGCGAUUAUCAAAUCUAAAAUUCCAACCUAUUGUUCUAUCUACUCUUGAACAAGGAAACUGUAGUGAUUUAUACUGUAAAGUGAAGUUUGGAAAGAAACUGUAAAUAUCACUGACACUUAUUUGGGGUAUGAUAUGUUCUCUUAAAAUAAUAAUUAUUCCUCAGUAUGUUGGAGAGCAGGAGUCCUAUCAGCUUGUGAAUAUGUAAUUAUGGAAGACUUUUCUUUGUAUAUUUGUAUAUGCAUUUGUCUUACAGUGACACUGAUUAAUGUGCAUUAUUUCAAGAGCAGAAUAAAUAUUGAUUCUUAUUUAGUUUUUAAUUACAAUUUCAUUUAUUAUAUCUGCAGUACUUAAUAUGUUGUGUAUAUUUGUGUGAUGCAAAAUAAUUUUGUUUUAAUUACUUAAAUAAAAUCUAACUUGGUGCUAAAUUACAUCUGUAUAGCUGUUUUUGAAAUACUUCUUUGUGACACAGCACAGAUGGACACGUUUAGGUUCAUUUGGACUAGGUUAGACACAGAACUGUGAGCCCUCUCAGACUUUUUCAGAGUCAGCUUUUAAAGGCAUGAAGCUGAGCCCAGUAAACAGGCAGCAUGUGGUCCAAAGCUGAACUUGCUCAGUGCAUUCUCAGCAUGUUGUUUUGA